AUGGCUACUCUCCAACGCCCCGCGCUCCGCCGCACCGCCGCAACGCAACCGAUCCGCGCCUCCUUCUUUGAUGACUCGAACGACGCGCGCAAUUCGCCGGAAGCUCAACAGCUCCGGGAGCAGAUCACGACGGUCUACACGAACACGCCGUUCCGCGGGCCCGCCUUCCAGCUGCCCUCGGGCGCCGUCGUCGUCGAGGACAUGUGGCUCGCCUCGCUCAACACGACUAUUGAUGAAAUCCUCGACUCGGGCCUCGACGGCCUCAAGACCUUCGCUAAUGUAGAAAACAGAAAGCACGGUUGGGUCGGGAAAUGGCUGAAACACAAGGUUGGAUUGGAAGGCAACGACCUGCAGAAGAUGCAGUACAAGGCCCUAGAGAAUGACAUCUGGCCCGACACAGUUACGCCGCCGAUGCCUAUCGUGCCUGAGCCGCAGCCCGUGAUUUGUAGGGGCCUCCCCGCGGACCUCAUGGACUUCCAGCACCAGCCGCUCCGGGAGGUCGAGGUCUACCGCGACCUCGGCGGCUUCGAGAUGCCCGAGGAGGCCAAGCCGGAGGGCGAGGAGGACGAGGAGAAGAAGGCCGACGACAUGGCCGAGGGCGCUUGAGCCCGGCGCUGCCGGCGCGCCGGGC